AUGUCUCUCUUUGGCACCUCUCCGCCGAACGAGGAGUCCAUCCUCGCCAGCUCGACUCUCGGCCGGUCGCGCAACACGCUCUUCGACGAAGAAAACCCGAUGACCCGGUCUACGGGAGACUCGCUCUUCAACGACGACGAGCUGUCUGGCAGCGGUGCUGCUUCGCCUUGGGACAUGCCCACGCCUCGAAAGCAGCAAUCGCGCGCCGACCUGAUCCGCGGCCUGCUUUCUGGCGCACAAGUGCCAGAUGGCUAUAUCGAGGCAUUCGACCACGCCGUGCAAGAGGACGGUCGAGGCGGCAGAGUCACGCCAGCCGGUGUAUCCAAGAUACUUGCAGCAGCCAAGCUUGGCGCAGACGAACAAGCCCGCAUCACGAGCAUCCUUGCGCCUGGCGGAGAGGAGACGGACCUUACACGUGAUGCUUUCAGUGUUCUUCUAGCACUUGUCGGACUGGCGCAAGAAGGCGAGACAGUGAGUCUGGACAGCGUUGACGAGAGAAGACGAAAUCUCCCACAGCCACAGCUAUCCAACAUCCCCAAGAGGGAAGCGCCUGUUUUCGACGCGUCUGAGCUCGCUGCCAAACCACCGCAGGCUCCCGAAACGCCGCGAAAGGAUUCAUUUCCCAGGCCAGCUGCCAACGUCAGAAAACCCACCAUGACCGACCCCGAAGACGAUCCGUGGGGUUCGCCCGAUCUACACAGAAACCACCACCACCCCGAAACAUCCCAGACGAACGGGAAUCCUCCCACCAACGGACUUGGCUAUGACGGUCUCGGCGCCGGCGCACCCGAGCUGCACCAGAGGACGACUUCGACCUUCACCACUACCACGGCCGGCUCGGGCCCGCCUUCAGGACGCCAGUCAGCUGCUUCGGGCACCAUAACCGAGAAUCCGACCGUCGGAUGGAAUUAUUUCGAGGGCGCAAGUUCCCACCAAGAUCAAGGCUUUGGUGUUCCACCCAACAACCAGCCUACGAGUCCCUUUGGCGGAGUGCCUCGAGAGUCGGGCCCGAAUCCUGCCGUUGCUUCGCAUUCCCGCACUAUCAGUGGUAGUCGGAUUGGCAGCGGCGCCGAAGAAAACAUCCUGGUCACGUUGAUGCCGGAGAAAGAAGGCAUGCUCUUCUUCCAGCACCACAAUUACGAAGUCACGAGCUCGCGACGGGGAAGCAAGGUCAUCAGACGGUACAGCGACUUCGUGUGGUUACUAGACUGCCUUCACAAGCGUUAUCCAUUCCGCGUUCUGCCACUCCUUCCGCCAAAGAGGGUAGCGGUCAGUGGAAACCACCUCACCAACGACAACGGGUUUAUCGAGAAGCGAAGACGGGGUCUGGCACGAUUCUUGAAUGCUGUUGUUCGGCACCCGAUACUGGGCCAGGAGCAAUUGGUCAUCAUGUUCUUGACUGUGCCUACCGAGCUUGCGGUCUGGCGCAAACAAGCCACCAUCUCCGUCCAGGACGAGUUUACUGGUCGGGCACUACCACCCGGCCUGGAGGAUUCGCUGCCCAUCGGACCACUCAACGAGCUGUUUGACCGCACUCGGUCAGGUGUCCGUCGGUCCGCGGACUUGUAUAUCAACACUUGCAGCCUCAUGGAUCGCCUGGCCAAACGCUCCGAGGGCGUGGCAGCUGACCAUGGGCGUCUGGCUGGAUCGCUGGCAUCCCUCACAGAAGCUAGCGCGGACACGUACUCGACCGACACAAAUGACGUGCCGCUGCUGAAUGACGGACUACACGCCAUGUCGAAGCGAUUGCAGACGGCGAAAGGAUUACUCGAGGACGAGAGCAAGGCAUGGGAGACUGGAGUGCUCGAGGAUUUGAAAAGACAGCGCGACGGGCUGGUAUCCGUGAGGGAAAUGUUUGACCGCAGAGAACGGCUUGACAAGGACAGCAUUCCGUCUCUCGAACGGCGCAUUCAAAGCAACGAGACGAAGCUUGCUGGGUUGCGCGCCAAGCCUGAUGGUUUGGUCAAGCCCGGCGAGAUUGAGAGGGUAGUGGAGAGCAUCAUCAAGGAUAAGGAAAGCAUCGUGACCCAGCACAACCGCUCUGUCUUUGUGCGAGAAACUCUCCGCGACGAACUCAUAUACUUCCAACAGACACAGUAUCAAGUCUCGAGAUGGAACCAGGACUGGGCGCAGGAGCGUGUCAAGUACGCCGAGAUGCUGGCCGACAACUGGCGCCGACUUCUGGACGAGCUCGAGGGCAUGCCGCUGGGAGAGUAG